GGACGGCUGUGGCUGCUGCCGAGUCUGCGCCAAGCAGCUGGGUGAGCUGUGCACCGAACGCGACCCCUGCGAUCCGCACAAGGGCCUCUUCUGUGACUUUGGCUCCCCGGCCAACCGCAAAAUUGGCGUGUGCACCGCUAAAGAUGGUGCCCCCUGCGUCUUCGGUGGGACCGUGUACCGGAGCGGAGAGUCCUUCCAGAGCAGCUGCAAAUACCAGUGCACUUGCCUGGACGGGGCAGUGGGCUGCGUGCCCCUGUGCAGCAUAGACGUUCGCCUGCCCAGCCCUGACUGCCCCUUCCCGAGGAGGGUCAAGCUGCCUGGGAAAUGCUGCGAAGAAUGGGUGUGUGAUGAGCCCAAGGACCGUGACACGGUGGUUGGCCAUGCCCUUGCAGCCUACCGACUGGAAGACACAUUUGGCCCAGACCCAACUAUGAUUCGAGCCAACUGCCUGGUUCAGACUACAGAGUGGAGCGCCUGUUCUAAGACCUGCGGGAUGGGCAUCUCCACCCGGGUUACCAACGACAAUGCCUUCUGCAGGCUGGAGAAGCAGAGCCGUCUGUGCAUGGUCAGGCCUUGUGAAGCAGACCUGGAAGAGAACAUUAAGAAGGGAAAAAAGUGCAUCCGCACUCCCAAAAUCUCCAAGCCUGUCAAGUUCGAGCUCUCUGGCUGCACCAGUGUAAAGACAUACCGAGCUAAGUUCUGUGGAGUGUGUACCGACGGCCGAUGCUGCACGCCCCACAGAACCACCACCCUGCCCGUGGAGUUCAAGUGUCCCGACGGCGAAGUCAUGAAGAAGAGCAUGAUGUUCAUCAAGACCUGUGCCUGCCAUUACAACUGCCCCAGAGACAAUGACAUCUUUGAGUCCCUGUACUACAGGAAGAUGUAUGGAGACAUACACGGCAUGAAGCCCGAGAGUGAGAGACAUUAACUCCUUAGACUAUGACUUGAACUGAUUUACAUCUCAUUUUCAUGUAAAAAUGACUUCAGUAGCAUGAGAUAUUUAAAUCUGUUUUUCUAACUGAGGUAAAAAUAGCCCACCAAGUUCAUUGUGCCAUGUCAAAACAAAUAGUCUAUCAACCCCAGACACUGGUUUGAAGAAAUUUUAAGACUUGACAGUGGAACUCUUGUUAGUGCCCAGUGCCAGAAUGUAUCCUAAGUUCCUGUCUUAGGAGCAGUGGGAAGGCUAGUGCCAUCAGAUGUCAUUUUAGAGUAGUAACGUGCCUGCUCUUUGGAGUGUCAUUGGGAAGGGAGAUUUUAGCAUGCUUACUGACCCACCUGGGAUGCCAGCAAAAGCUAGAAUGUGCCUUCUCCAACCAGCAUGAGGCUGAGUCAAGUUGUUCUUUAAAUCAGAACAGCAGAUUCAGCUCUGACAUUCUGAUUCAAGUGACAGUAUUCAGGAAUCAGAAUCCUGUCUAUUAGACUGGACAGCUUGUGGCAAGUUAA